UCAGUCAACAUCAAGCAAGUUAUCGAAAGGCACAGAUGCGCUUCAUAAUGGUGGUUCACAGGAAGAAAAUAAAGAGCGUGGCAAUUCAGAUUCUGAUCUCAGUAGUAAUAGUCAAAAUGCUACCACAGUAAAUCAUAAUGCUGCAUUUUUUGGAUUAAAGGAUGCAGAGGCAGCGAAACUAUCCGAUUCAGUGGCUGAGCGUGAAGUGCUGGAUGGUGUCAUUGCUUCUAAGAUUAUGAACACACUAGCUGCAAAGGUAGCUGGUCAAAGUGAAAACAUCGUUGAAAAUGACAGCUCCAAAAGGUCACUGAUGGGUGAUUCUUCGGGUGAAGAAACUAGAGACAAGUUAGAUAAAAAUGAUAGAUGUGAACAAGAAAGAAAUGCGGUUGGAAAAUUGUCAGAGAGUUAGAAAUUGACAAGGAGAGUGCAUAUGAGAAAGAGGGAACAAAUAGUAGGCGUGAUCAGAGGCACUUGAAAAAGGAAAGGAGGGAUGAUCAAAAUGGUUUAAAAGAAAGAGUUGUUAAACCUUCAGAAAAAGCAAAGGAUACUGAUUCAAGAAAAAGGGCCUCUCCUGAUUAUGACAAGGAGGGUAAGAAGGAGAGGCAUGCAGACAGAAGAUCAAGUGGUAAAGAAGAAAAUGAUAGGAAAAGGGAAAGAACUGAGGAUGAUAGAAGAGAAAAAUCUAGUCGUAGAAACUCAAAUGAAUCUAGCAGACAUAAGAGACACCAUUCGCCUUCCAUCACUGGUAGGGAUCGAGACAACAGAGGUGGAUUGGUUGUUGGCCAUGCUUAUGAUUCAAGUGAUGUAUCAUCAGAUAAUUCUAAAAAAAAGAUGCACUCAAGGAGACGUAAAUCGCCAUCUCCUGUCAGGUCGAGGAAAAGACAAGUUUCGCGGUCUCCUCAUAGCAAGCACUCUCAGCGCAGGCAUUCUCCUUACUCUUCUCUUGAGAGUUCCAGGUAUGUUGUUGGACAUAUCUAAUUAAAGUUUCAAUUAUUUGAAUAUAACCAUCCAUCUGCAACUAAGGUGAAAGAACAUCUAUCUUGAAGUCGUGAAUUUUUGUAGCAUAUGAAUUGAUCUUUUGCAAUUUUAGGGGGAGAAGGUCAAGAUCAAGGUCAAGGUCGCCUAGUCGUCGGAAAAGAUGAUACCCAAGAUUGGAUGGAGAUGCAAGAUUCCCGAAUCAGAAAGUUUGUGCCUAAAGAUCCUUGUAACCAGAUAUUUUCGUUCUUGUUAAUGCAAAUAUUGGAGACUGGUUUGUUAUAUCAUCCCAAGGUCUUUCCGGUUUUGCUUGUAAGUAGUAGUUACAGAGGCAAUAUGUAGCGCUGCAUUUGGAUCAUCUUCAAUGUAAUUAUGCCAGCUCCUAGUUUCGACGACAAACCAUGGGAUGAUUUCUUUUCCCUUUUGUCCUACAAUUGGAUAAACUCAAGUCAACGAAUUCUGGCAUUGUAGUAUUCAUCAAAGAAGUAGAUUCUUUGUAAACACCAAAGGGUUGGUAAAGACCGAACAACUUUCAGCCAGAAAAGGAACAAGUUAAAAUGAUUAAAGAUGGAACUGCUGCUUGCCUGUACCAGCUGGUGGAAAUUUUCUAUAGCUCACGAAUCGUUUGCCUACGAUGUAGACGAGCGGGAUCAAUGAAAUCAAUAUCUGCUUAGAAAGGCAAGGGAAGAACUAGAAACAAAAGGCCGUGCCAAAAUGUGGGAACAAGAGGUGAUGCUUAUGUGAUUAAUGAAUGUCAGAGAACGAUUUUAAGGCU